GGAAGAAUUGACAAGAAUACCUUAUGUCUAUUUGGAGUGAUGGGGUUUAGGCAAGUGUUUGCAGUGUCUGCAGUUUCUGCAGUGCUGCUUUUGAUCGUGGCGUUUGGCUGUGUUGGUGAUGCUUGGCUCUCCAGAUGGUUUUAUCCGAGAUUGGGGUUUCUGCAUGAUGGAGUUUCAUCCCAGUUUGACACUCAGAAACCAGUGCAAGAAGACCCUGCGGGAGAGGACCCUGUGGGACAAGAACCUAGUGAGCCCAUUGUUGAGCCUGUGGGGCAGGAGCCCGUGGGACAGGAAACUAGCCAGGCUGAAGACCCUGAGAGCUUCCAGUCCAAUCAGACAUUUGAGAACCCUUUGACUUGGCUCUAUCCUUCGAUUGAGAAGCAUGAGUGCAAUUCUACAGGUUUUGAGUGGCUAAAGCAGGUGGCAGCCAACAGUGUGGUGGCUCGGUGUGGGCAAAGUGUGGUCCGUGUGGAGGUGAAACAGGAACUUCUGGGGAUUGGCCGGCUCAUCCAGCCAGAGCGUAUCACUCUAGGAGGCUGUGCUGCCAUUGAGGAGGACGCUGAAGCUCUUGUGCUCACCUUUGAAUCAGAGCUGCAUGGCUGUGGCAGUGAGCUGACGAUGACUGAGGAUGUGCUGAUCUACACCUUCAGUCUUGUAUAUGAGCCAGAACCUCUUGCUAACAUUUCUAUAUUGAACACCAGUAAAGCUAUGGUUGAUAUUGAGUGCCACUACUUGAGGAAUCAUGAAGUGCGCAGCAAUUCCCUUAAGUAUGCUGUAAAACCUAGCAAGCCUGUGGGCCAAGAACCUAGCCAGGUUGUUAUAAAGCCUGUGGUAGAGCCUGUGGGCCGGGAAUCUAGCGUAGAGCCUGUGGGCCGGGAACCUAGCGUAGAGCCUGUGGGCCGGGAACCUAGCGUAGAGCCUGUGGGCCGGGAACCUAGCGUAGAGCCUGUGGGCCGGGAACCUAGCGUAGAGCCUGUGGGCCGGGAACCUAGGGUAGAGCCUGUGGGCCGGGAACCUAGGGUAGAGCCUGUGGGCCGGGAACCUAGGGUAGAGCCUGUGGGCUGGGAACCUAGGGUAGAGCCUGUGGGCCGGGAACCUAGGGUAGAGCCUGUGGGCCGGGAACCUAGGGUAGAGCCUGUGGGCCGGGAACCUAGGGUAGAGCCUGUGGGCCGGGAACCUAGGGUAGAGCCUGUGGGCCGGGAACCUAGUGAGCCUGUUGGAGAGCAGCCUGUGGGCCAUGAACCAAAUGAGAUUUUGGGUAAUGAACUUAGCCAGCCUUUAGGCCAAGAACCUAGUGAGCCUGUUGGAAAGAAGCCUGUGGGCCAGCAACCUAGCCAUCUGUCUGUUGGCAAGCCUUUGGGUCAGGAACCAAGCGAUCCUUUGGGCCAAGAACCUAGUCAGGUUGUUAUAAAGCCUUUGGUAGAGCCUGUGGGCCGGGAGCCUAGCGUAGAGCCUGUGGGCCGGGAGCCUAGCGUAGAGCCUGUGGGCCGGGAGCCUAGCGUAGAGCCUGUGGGCCGGGAGCCUAGCGUAGAGCCUGUGGGCCGGGAGCCUAGCGUAGAGCCUGUGGGCCGGGAGCCUAGUGAGCGUGUUGGAGAGCAGCCUGUGGGCCAUGAACCAAAUGAGAUUUUGGGUAAUGAACUUAGCCAGCCUUUAGGCCAAGAACCUAGUGCGCCUGUUGGAAAGAAGCCUGUGGGCCAGCAACCUGUUGGAGAGCAGCACGUGGGCCAGGAACCUAGCCAUCUGUCUGUUGGCAAUCCUUUGGGUCAGGAACCAAGCGAGCCUUUGGGCCAAGAACCUAGCCAGGUUGUUAUAAAGCCUGUGGUAGAGCCUGUGGGCCGGGAACCUAGCGCAGAGCCUGUGGGCCGGGAACCUAGCGCAGAGCCUGUGGGCCGGGAACCUAGCGCAGAGCCUGUGGGCCGGGAACCUAGCGUAGAGCCUGUGGGCCGGGAACCUAGCGUAGAGCCUGUGGGCCGGGAACCUAGCGUAGAGCCUGUGGGCCGGGAACCUAGCGUAGAGCCUGUGGGCCGGGAACCUAGCGUAGAGCCUGUGGGCCGGGAACCUAGCGUAGAGCCUGUGGGCCGGGAACCUAGCGUAGAGCCUGUGGGCCGGGAACCUAGCGUAGAGCCUGUGGGCCGGGAACCUAGCGUAGAGCCUGUGGGCCGGGAACCUAGCGUAGAGCCUGUGGGCCGGGCACCUAGCGUAGAGACUGUGGGCCAUCCACCUGUUGGAGAGCAGCCUGUGGGCCCGGAACCUAGCCAUCUGUCUGUUGGCAAGCCUUUGGGUCAGGAACCAAGCGAGCCUUUGGGCCAAGAACCUGGGGAGCCUGUGGGCCAGGAACCUAGCGAGCCUGUGGGCCAGCAACCUGUUGGAGAGCAGCAUGUGAUCCAAGAGCCUGUCGGCCAGCAACUUGUUGGAGAGCAGCAUGUGAUCCAAGAGCCUGUGGAACAUGAACCUGGAGAGCAACCUGUGGGUCAUGAGCCUGUGGGCCAGGAACCUAGUGAGCCUGUGGGCCAGGAACCUAGUGAGCCUGUGGGCCAGGAACCUAGUGAGCCUGUGGGCCAGGAACCUAGUGAGCCUGUGGGCCAGGAACCUAGUGAGCCUGUGGGCCAGGAACCUAGUGAGCCUGUGGGCCAGGAACCUAGUGAGCCUGUGGGCCAGGAACCUAGUGAGCCUGUGGGCCAGGAACCUAGUGAGCAGCCUGUUGGCGAGCCUCUGGGCCAAGAUCCUUGUGAGCCACUGGGCCAAGAACCGAGUGAGCAUUUUGGAGAGCCUGUGGGCCAAGAUCCUAGUGAGCCUAUGGGCCAGCAUCCUGUUGGAGAGCAGCCCGUGGGCCAGGAACUUAGGCAGCAGCCUGUUGGCGAGCCUUUGGGCCAAGAACCUAGUGAGCAUGUUGGAGAGCAGUCUGUGGGCCAAGAACCUAGUGAGCAGCCUGUUGGCGUGCCAUUGGGUAAAGAACACAGUGAGCGUGUUGGAGAGCAGCCUGUGGGCCAGGAACCAAGUAAGCUUUUGGGUAAUGAACUUAGCGAGCCUGUGGGCCAGGAACCUAGCGAGCAGCCUGUGGGUCAGGAACCUAGCCAGUCUGUGGCCCAAGAGCCUGUGGGCCAUGAACCUGGAGAGCAGCCUUUGAGCCAGGAACCUGUUGGAGAGCAGCCCGUGGGCCAGGAACCUAGCCAUCAGUCUGUUGGCGAGCCUUUGGGUCAGGAACCUAGUGAGCAUGUUGGGGAGCCUGUGGGCCAUGAACCUGGAGAGCAACCUAUGGGCCAGGAGCCUGUGGGUCAAGAACCUAGUGAGCCUGUUGGAAAGCAGCCUGUGGGCCAGCAACCUGUUGGAGAGCAGCCCGUGGGCCAGGAACCUAGCCAUCAGUCUGUUGGCGAGCCUUUGGGUCAGGAACCUAGUGAGCAUGUUGGGGAGCCUGUGGGCCAGCAACCUGUUGGAGAGCAGCCUGUGGGCCAGCAACCUGUUGGAGAGCAGCCUGUGGGCCAGGAACUUAGCCAGCAGCCUGUUGGUGAGCCUUUGGGUCAAGAACCUAGUCAGCAUGUUGGAGAGCCUUUUGACCAUGACCCUGUGGGUCAAGAACCUAGCGAGCCUGUGGGCAGGGAACCUAGCGAGCCUGUGGGCCAAGAUCCUAGUGAGCGUGUUGGAAAGCAGCCUGUGGGCCAAGGACCAAAUGAGAUUUUGGGUAAUGAACUUAGCGAGCAUGUGGGCCAGGAGCCUAGCCAGCCUUUGGGCCAUGGUCCUAGUGAGCAUGUUGGGGAGCCUGUGGGCCAGGAACCUGGAGAGCAACCUGUGGGUCAUGAGCCUGUUGGUCAAGAACGUAGUGAGCCUUUGGGCCAGCAACCUGUUGGAGAGCAGCCUGUGGGCCAGGAACUUAGCCAGCAGCCUGUUAGCGAGCCUUUGGGUCAAGAACCUAGUCAGUAUGUUGGAGAGCCUGUUGACCAUGACCCUGUGGGCCAAGAACCUAACGAGCCUGUGGGCCGGGAACCUAGCGAGCCUGUGGGCCAAGAUCCUAGUGAGCGUGUUGGAGAGCAGCCUGUGGGCCAGGAACCUGGAGAGCAACCUGUGGGUCAUGAGCCUGUGGGUCAAGAACGUAGUGAGCUUGUGGGCCAAGAACCUAGCGAGCCUGUGGGCCAGCAACCUGUUGGAGAGCAGCCUGUGGGUCAGGAACUCAGCCAGCAGCCUGUUGGCGAGCCUGUGAGCCAAGAACCUAAUGAGCAGCCUGUUGGUGAGCCUGUGGGUCAGGAUCCUGGCAAGCCUAUGGGUCAGGAACCUGGUGACUCUGUGGGCCAGGAACCUAGCAAGCCUUUGGGCCAAGAAUCUAGUGAGCAUGUUGGAGAGCCUGUGGGCCAAGAUCCUAGUGAGCCUGUGGGCCAGCAUCCUGUUGGAGAGCAGCCCGUGGGCCAGCAUCCUGUUGGAGAGCAGCCCGUGGGCCAUGACCAUGUGGGUCAAGAACGUAGUGAAGAUGUGGGCCAAGAACCUAGUGAGCAGCCUGUUGGUGAGCCUGUGGGUCAGGAUCCUGGCAAGCCUAUGGGUCAGGAACCUGGUGACUCUGUGGGCCAGGAACCUAGCAAGCCUUUGGGCCAAGAAUCUAGUGAGCCUGUGGGCCAGCAUCCUGUUGGAGAGCAGCCCGUGGGCCAUGACCAUGUGGGUCAAGAACGUAGUGAAGAUGUGGGCCAAGAACCUAGUGAGCAGCCUGUUGGUGAGCCUGUGGGUCAGGAUCCUGGCAAGCCUAUGGGUCAGGAACCUGGUGACUCUGUGGGCCAGGAACCUAGCAAGCCUUUGGGCCAAGAAUCUAGUGAGCCUGUGGGCCAGCAUCCUGUUGGAGAGCAGCCCGUGGGCCAUGACCAUGUGGGUCAAGAACGUAGUGAAGAUGUGGGCCAAGAACCUAGUGAGCAGCCUGUUGGUGAGCCUGUGGGUCAGGAUCCUGGCAAGCCUAUGGGUCAGGAACCUGGUGACUCUGUGGGCCAGGAACCUAGCAAGCCUUUGGGCCAAGAAUCUAGUGAGCCUGUGGGCCAGCAUCCUGUUGGAGAGCAGCCCAUGGGCCGUGACCCUGUGGGUCAGGAACCUAGUGAGCCUGUGGGCCAAGAUCCUAGUGAGCCUGUGGGCCAGCAUCCUGUUGGCGAGCAGCCCGUGGGCCGUGACCGUGUGGGUCAGGAACCUAGUGAGCCUGUGGGAGAGCAGCCUGUGGGCCAGGAACUUAGGCAGCAGCCUGUUGGCGAGCCAUUGAUUAAGGAACAUAGUGAGCGUAUUGGAGAGCAGCCUGUGGGCCAGGAUCCAAGUAAGAUUUUGGGUAAUGAACUUAGCGAGCCUGUGGGCCAGGAACCUAGCGAGCAGCCUGUGGGUCAGGAACCUAGCCAGUCUGUGGCCCAAGAGCCUGUGGGCCAUGAGCCUGGAGAGCAGCCUUUGAGCCAGGAACCUGUUGGAGAGCAGCCUUUGGGGCAAGAACCAAGUGAGCAUGUUGAAGAGCCUGUGGGCCAGCAACCUAUUGGAGAGCAGCCUGUGGGCCAGCAACCUAUUGGAGAGCAGCCUGUGGUCCAAGAGUCUGUGGGCCAAGAACCUAGUGAACAUGUUGGAGAGCCUGUGAACCAAGAUCCUAGUGAGCCUGUGGGCCAGCAUCCUGUUGGAGAGCAACCCGUGGGCCGUGACCCUGUGGGUCAGGAACCUAGUGAGCCUGUGGGAGAGCAGCCUGUGGGCCAGGAACUUAGGCAGCAGCCUGUUGGUGAGCCUUUGGGCCAGGAACCCAGUGAGCAGCCUGUUGGCGAGCCAUUGGGUAAGGAACAUAGUGAGCGUGUUGGAGAGCAGCCUGUGGGCCAGGAACCAAGUAAGAUUUUGGGUAAUGAACUUAGCGAGCCUGUGGGCCAGGACCCUGGCGAGCAGCCUGUGGGUCAGGAACCUGUUGGAGAGCAGCCUGUGGUCCAGGAGUCUGUCGGUCAAGAACCUAGUGAGCCUUUGGGCCAGCAUCCUGUUGGAGAGCAGCCUGUGGGUCAUGAGUCUGUCGGUCAGGAAUCUAGCGAGCCUUUGGGCCAAGAACCUAGUGAGCCUGUGGGCCAAGAUCCUAGUGAGCCUGUGGGCCAGCAUCCUGUUGGAGAGCAGCCUGUGGGCCAUGACCAUGUGGUUCAAGAACGUAGUGAAGAUGUGGGCCAAGAACCUAGUGAGCAGCCUGUUGUCGAGCCUUUGGGUCAGGAAUCUAGCGAGCCUUUGGGCCAAGAACCUAGUAAGUAUGUUGAAGAGCCUGUGGGCCAGGAACCAAGUGAGAUUUUGGGUAAUGAACUUAGCGAGCCUGUGGGUGAGCCUGUGGGCCAGGAACCUAGCGAGCCUGUGGGCCAAGAGCCUAGUGAGCCUGUGGGCCAGCAUCCUGUUGGAGAGCAGCCUGUGGGCCAUGACCAUGUGGUUCAAGACCGUAGUGAAGAUGUGGGCCAAGAACCUAGUGAGCAGCCUGUUGUCGAGCCUUUGGGUCAGAAAUCUAGCGAGCCUUUGGGCCAAGAACCUAGUAAGUAUGUUGAAGAGCCUGUGGGCCAGGAACCAAGUGAGAUUUUGGGUAAUGAACUUAGCGAGCCUGUGGGUGAGCCUGUGGGCCAGGAACCUAGCGAGCCUGUGGGCCAAGAGCCUAGUGAGCAGCCUGUUGGUGAGCCUUUGGGUCAGGAAUCUAGCGAGCCUUUGGGCCAAGAACCUAGUAAGUAUGUUGAAGAGCCUGUGGGCCAGGAACCAAGUGACAUUUUGGGUAAUGAACUUAGCGGGCCUGUGGGCCAGGACCCUAGCGAGCCUGUGGGCCAAGAACCUAGUGAGUGUGUUGGAGCACAGCCUGUGGGCCAGCAACCUGUUGGGGAGCAGCCUGUGGGCCAUGAACCUGGCGAGCAGCCUGUGGUCCAGCAACCUAGAGGAGAGUCUUUGGGCCAGAAACCUAGCCAGGAUGAAGACCCUGAGCGCUCCCAGUCCAAGCAGACGUCUGAGAACCCUUUGACUUGGAGCUAUCCUGAAGUUGCAAAGCCUGAGCACAGGCCUACUGUGUCUGAGCGGCUGAGGCUGGUGGCGGCCAACAGUGUGUCGACUCAGUGUGGGGAGAGUGUGGUCCGGGUGCAGGUGAACCAGGACCUGCUGGGGAUUGGCCGGCUCAUACAGCCAGAGCAUAUCACUCUAGGAGGUUGUGCUGCCACUGAGGAGGACGCUGAAGCUCAUGUGAUCACCUUUGAAUCAGAGCUGCAUGGCUGUGGCAGUGAGCUGACGAUGACUGAGGAUGUGCUGAUCUACACCUUCACGCUUGUCUAUGAGCCAAAACCUUUUGCGAACACUUCUAUAGUGAAAACCAGUGCAGCUAUGGUUGAUAUUGAGUGCCACUACUUGAGGAAUCACGAUGUGAGCAGCAAUGCCCUGAAGCCAACCUGGAUCCCCAACAUUUCCAACAUGGUGAAAGAGGAACUCCUCUACUUCUCCCUGAGGUUAAUGACUGCUGACUGGCAGUUUGAGAAGCCCUCCAACCAUUACUAUCUUGGUGACAUGAUCAACAUGGAAGCCUCGGUCAUGCCGUACCACCACGUUCCCCUCCGUGUCUUUGUGGACCGCUGUGUCGCCACCUUGGCGCCUGAUGUCCACACUGUCCCUAGAUAUUCUUUCAUUGAGGACCAUGGGUGUCUGGUUGAUGCCAAGUUGACCGGCUCCAGCUCCCAGUUCCUGUCCAGAUCCCAGGAUGACAAGAUCCAGUUUCAGCUGGAGUCCUUCAGGUUCCAACCACAGAUUGAUUCCCAACAGCUCUACAUAACAUGUCAUCUGAAAGCAUCUGCAGCCUCUUCCCCCAUUGAUGCUGAGAACAAGGCCUGCUCUUUCACAGAUGGCUGGAAGGCUGCUGGUGGGGAUGACCUGGUUUGUGGCUGCUGUGACUCCAGCUGUGCUGUGAGCAAGGCUAGAGAUCUGGACAGUGAUUUAGAUAUGCAGAAGGAAGGUGAAGCUACCUUGGGCCCUAUCAUGGUCCAUGAGUAAUAUUACAAGAAUCUUUCCUAUUUUUAACUUUUUGAGGAGAAUAAAUCUGUUACAAUAUUCA